GGGGGGCGGGCGGGUGUGCGACCUGUCGCGGCGCAACCCCCAGGAGGACUUCGAGCUCAUCCAGCGCAUCGGUAGCGGCACCUACGGCGACGUUUACAAGGCUCGAAAUGUCAACACGGGUGAGCUUGCAGCAAUUAAAGUAAUAAAACUAGAACCAGGAGAAGAUUUUGCUGUUGUGCAGCAGGAAAUCAUUAUGAUGAAAGACUGUAAACAUCCGAACAUUGUUGCUUAUUUUGGCAGCUAUCUCAGACGAGACAAACUAUGGAUUUGCAUGGAGUUCUGUGGAGGUGGCUCUCUACAGGAUAUUUAUCAUGUGACUGGACCACUAUCAGAGCAGCAGAUUGCCUAUGUUAGCAGAGAAACACUACAGGGACUAUAUUACCUUCACAGUAAAGGAAAAAUGCACAGAGAUAUAAAGGGAGCAAACAUUCUUUUAACGGAUAAUGGACAUGUAAAAUUAGCUGAUUUUGGAGUAUCUGCACAGAUAACAGCUACAAUUGCCAAAAGGAAGUCAUUCAUUGGCACCCCAUAUUGGAUGGCACCAGAAGUUGCUGCAGUAGAAAGGAAGGGUGGCUAUAACCAGCUCUGUGAUCUGUGGGCAGUUGGAAUAACUGCAAUAGAGCUUGCUGAACUUCAGCCUCCAAUGUUUGACCUACAUCCAAUGAGAGCACUUUUUCUAAUGACAAAAAGCAACUUCCAGCCUCCCAAAUUAAAGGACAAAAUGAAAUGGUCCAAUAGUUUCCAUCAUUUUGUGAAAAUGGCACUUACAAAAAAUCCUAAAAAAAGACCUACUGCUGAAAAGUUGCUACAGCAUCCGUUUGUUACCCAGCCAUUAAAUCGAAGUCUUGCCAUUGAACUUUUGGAUAAAAUGAAUAAUCCUGAUCAUUCCACUUUCCAUGAUUUUGAUGAUGAUGAUCCUGAGCCUCUUCUUGUGCCUCACAGAAUUCAUUCAACAAGUAGAAAUGGGAGAGAAGAAAAGACACGCUCUGAAAUAAACUUUGGCCAAGUAAAGUUUGAUCCACCCUUGAGGAAAGAGACAGAGCCACAUCAUGAAUUUGAUCUACAGCUAGAAUACGGUCAUGGUCCUCAGUGUGGCUACUUUUUGGGGGCAAAUAAGAGUCUCUUAAAAUCAGUUGAAGAAGAACUACAUCAGCGGGGACAUGUGGCACAUUUAGAAGAUGAUGAUGAUGAUGCAGAUGAUGAUUCUAAACAUGCUACUAUGAAGCCUAAAGUGCCACCUCCUUUACCACCAAAGCCUAAAUCCAUAUUUAUCCCCCAAGAAACUUAUUCUUCUGAAAAUGAGAAUCAAGGGACAAUCAAGAGAUGCCCAACUUCAGAGAGUCCAGCAAAAUCUACAUCUCAUGUUCCACCCAGACCACCUCCUCCUCGGUUACCUCCACAGAAAUCGAAUCCUUUCGGUAAUGGAGUCACGUCUGUGCAAUUAAAUGGUGAAAGAGAGGAGCAGCCACAUCAACAGAAUGAAGCUAGAGACACUAACUUUUCAAGGAAAGAAAAGAAGGAAAUACUGAAACCAAUUAGUAACGGCCUUCCUCCCACACCUAAAGUACAUAUGGGUGCUUGCUUUUCAAAGGUUUUCAAUGGCUGUCCAUUAAAAAUUCAUUGUGCAACAUCUUGGAUAAAUCCAGAUACAAGAGACCAGUACUUGAUAUUUGGAGCAGAAGAAGGUAUUUACACGCUGAACCUCAAUGAACUUCAUGAAACAUCAAUGGAGCAGCUAUUUCCUCGAAGAUGUACCUGGUUAUAUGUCAUGAACAAUUGUUUGUUAUCAAUAUCUGGUAAAGCUUCUCAGCUUUAUUCCCAUAAUCUACCAGGACUCUUUGAUUAUGCAAGGCAAAUGCAAAAGUUACCUGUUGCUAUUCCAGCACAUAAACUCCCUGACCGAAUACUUCCCAGGAAGUUCGCGGUAUCUACAAAAAUUCCUGACACUAAAUGGUGUCAAAAGUGUUGUGUUGUGAGAAAUCCCUACACAGGCCACAAGUACCUUUGUGGAGCACUACAGUCUAGCAUUGUUUUGUUAGAAUGGGUUGAACCAAUGCAAAAAUUUAUGUUAAUCAAGCACAUAGAUUUUCCUGUACCUUGUCCACUGAGGUUGUUUGAAAUGCUGGUAGUCCCCGAGCAGGAAUUCCCUUUAGUUUGUGUUGGUGUCAGUAGAGGAAGAGAUUUCAACCAAGUGGUGAAGUUUGAGACUGUCAACCCAAAUUCUACCUCUUCGUGGUUUACAGAAACAGACACUACAGAGACGAGUGUUGUCCAUGUAACACAGCUGGAGAGAGAUACCAUUUUGGUGUGUUUGGAUUGCUGCAUAAAAAUAGUGAAUCUGCAAGGCCGGUUAAAAUCGAGCCGCAAACUCUCAUCGGAGCUCACGUUUGACUUUCAGAUUGAAUCAAUAGUCUGUCUACAAGACAGUGUGUUAGCAUUCUGGAAACAUGGAAUGCAAGGAAGGAGUUUCAGAUCAAAUGAGAUCACACAAGAAAUUUCUGAUAAUACAAGGAUAUUCAGGCUUCUGGGAUCUGACAGGGUCGUGGUGCUGGAGAGCAGGCCGACAGACAACCCGACAGCCAACAGCAAUUUGUAUAUCCUGGCAGGGCAUGAGAACAGCUACUGAGAGCAGCACGUGGCAGGCAGCUCACUGUGAGGAGAACACUCCUGCUGCAGCAGCACUCAUGACUGGCUGGAAUUGCACAAAAGCUGCAGUAACCCCACUUCAGUUACUUUAUAAUUUAUUGUGGCAUGAGAGGAAGAUGAGAAUUGUUUGUGGUAUGGACACAGAAGCAUUAUAAUACCACAGAAGUGCUUAAUUUACUGUUAUGUAAUCUUUGUACAUAUGCAGUAUUUUUCAGUGAAACUUCUUGCUGAAGCCCAACACUGACUUUCUGUAGAUAGAGGUCCUCCUGUUAAGUACAAGUGUCUUACCUGUACAGAUGUAAAAGUCACUGAGGAUGCAAAAAUUAAAUCGGGGUACUAUUAUAAGGACGUCUCAUGUGUUUAUUAUGAAGUGGGAUUCUAGAAACAAAUAUAGUACAUUUAGCAACACUAUUGUAUUUUAUUAUAUGUAAUUUACUAAUACAAAUAAAUAUUAACUUUUAGAAAUUGUAACCAAGGCUGUAAUCAGAUUACAAUCUUGUUUUAAUUUCAAUACAACACACUGGUGUUCAUGUUUGCACAAUGUAUUGAGAUGUGAUGUAUUUAGUCACAAAGGUAAGCUGUGACUUGUGGAUAUGACUUGGGCUUCAAAGUUCCUUUUUUUUUU